GGAAGCAAUUCUCUUCUCAUUGAAUCAAAUAUUCAAAGGGGUGAAAAUAAAAUAGAUAGAGAAGCAGUCAUAGGCAUAGAAUAGAAGCACAAACUUUCUCUGCCUAUUCAAUCUCAAGUCAAAAUACUUUCAAAGCAGAACAAAACCCCCCAGAACUUCCAUUUGCAUAUUUAACCCAAAAUAUCUCUCUCUCUCUCCCCAAAAAACUUCCAUUUAGCUUUGCCAUAGAAGACCACAGGCAGCAAGCAGCAAUGGAUCCACCACCUCUCCCACCUCUUCCCACCACAAUCACCACCACAGCCAUGGCAGCCACCAGCAUGCAACUCAACUACCCUGACUCAGUUGACUCGUCCCCAAGGUCUCGAAAUGUCGACGCAUGGGAUGAGCCUCUCCCCCAAAUCCCAGGCGCCAAGCUUCGCCUCAUGUGCAGCUAUGGCGGCCACAUCAUCCCCCGCCCGCACGACAAGUCGCUCUGCUACGUCGGCGGCGAAACCCGCAUUGUCGUAGCCGAACGCAGCUCCUCACUCUCCGACCUCUGCUCCCGCCUCUCCAGGACCCUCCUCCAUGGCCGGCCCUUCUCUCUCAAGUACCAGCUACCAAGCGAAGACCUUGACUCUCUCAUCUCAGUCACCACCGACGAAGAUCUCGACAACAUGAUCGAAGAAUACGACCGCACGGCUUCCACCUCUCCUUUGAAGCCUUCGCGGCUCCGAUUGUUUCUCUUCUUUGCCAAGCCUGAAACUGCUGCGUCCAUGGGGGCUUUGCUUGAUGAUGCAAAGUCCGAGUCUUGGUUCGUCGAUGCGCUUAAUGGGUCGGGUCUUCUUCCCAGAAAUCUCUCGGACUCGGCCACCAUGGAUUGCUUGUUGACUGGGAGUGAGAAUUCUUGUAACGAUUUGGAGGCUCAAGGUGACUUCUUUGGUGACAACAACAACAACAAACAGGGUAUUAAUGGUGUGAUGAAGAAUGUUAAUAAUGUAGUACAUGAUGUGCAUUCGAUCAAUCAAGAGUCUCCCUUUGUGGAGAAUAGUAGUUCGUCUUUUGGGUCGUCUACUUCAUCGCCUUGCUUGUCCAAUUUGCCUCCGAUUCGGGUUCGUAUGGAUGACAAUGGGGCUAGAUUGAUGCAGAAUGGUCACAAGGCUAUUGGGAUAGAGGAACAGUUUGCUCAAAUGAGUACUGGUUUUGCUGCUGCUGCACCAUCAUUGGCUGCUAAUUCUGGGGCUUUGCCGCCAUCUGGUGCUCAGAUGAUGAAUGCUGUGCCUGUUUCUGGAGAAAAUGUGAACAGGGUCAUCUCAUCAGAUGAUGAGAGAUCAUCGGAUCAGAGUGUGCCGGUUGGGUUUCGUAAGCCUCCUCUGCCAUUACCUUUGCAGCCUUUGCAAGUUAAUAAGGCUGGUGGUGGUGGUGGAGGAGGUUAUAGUUUGCCUUCACCCGAUUCAGUUGCAAGUGAUAGUAGUAUUGCAUCUGCAAACUCGCUCUCCAAACCAAUAUACUACCAAGAGCAGAUCCAAGUUGCAUCUAAAGAAAAUACCAGAGGUCCUGUUAGUCCAAAUACAAACAGCGAUGCUUCCGAUCUGGGUUCCCGAAGCCAAGUUCAACAAGUUCAGGAUUCAGGGUACACUAUGCCUCCACAAUCUGAUCAACAACAGCAGCAGCAGCAGCAACAACAACAACAACAGCAACAGCAACAGCAGCAGCAGCAACAACAACAAUUUGUCCAUGCCAGCACUCAUUAUAUGCACCACCCUGCCACAGGUCAAGUGCCAAUGCAAUCUUACUACACGAUGUAUGCUCCAUCACCACAGCAACAGCUUCAUCACCAGAUUGAUCAUCAGCAGUAUCCAGUCUAUUUGAUGCCUGUUGCCCAGUCACAACCAUACAACAUGCCUUUGCAACCUAACAUGACUGAUACGACUGCUGUGGCCUCAAGCCGCUUAACAUCCCAAAAUCCUGCCUCUGCUGUUUACAAGGAUAGUAUUCCACCCAUUUAUCCCACAAAGACAACUUCACCUACUAUGCCUGAAAUGUCUGCAAGUGUUUAUAAAACGGCUGUUCCACAAACUCCGUCAUUAGUCCAAGUUCCUUCUAACCAAUAUCAGCAGCAGUAUGUGGGUUUCUCCCAAAUGCAUCAUCAUCCUUCUCAGUCCAUUGCUGUACCAUCCUCUGCAACUGCUAGUUAUGCUUAUGAAUUUGCAAAUCCUUCACAUGAACAAGUGUUCUACACCCAGCAUCCACCUGCCCCAUUGCCUCCUCAAUAUCAAAGUAUGACUCCAGCAGCAGCAGCAGCAGCUGUAGCAUUAUCAGAUGAUUCGAAACAGCAGCUACCGACAUAAUCAGCAGCAGAUCAAAACCACACAACAAUAACUCACUAGGCAAGACAAAAAACAUUUUGGUGGUAUAAAGUUGGAAGUUUUUAAUUUCAUAUUAGUUUUCUCUUCUUUAAUUGAUGGUUAUAUUAUAGACAUUGCUUCGAUGCAUAGGAUUUUAUAAUAAGGGAAUAUAUUUUCUUUUUCUGUCUUCUUUAUGGUUCAUAGAUUAGAAGUUCUGCCUUAGUUUGUAUGAAUCUGUGUCAGUCAUAUUGAAUAAAGAUAUAUAUAUAGCUGUGGGAAAAUGAGAUCCAUGUUAGUGACUA